CUUUUCGAUGAUACUUAUAUACCGUUCACUGUUUAUGAUUGUUGAGUUUUCAAGGUGUCAUUUAGAAUGAUUGUAACUCAGUAUCAAUAAUGUUCUUACAUUUGGUCCAGAUUUAAAUGGAUUAUUUCAUUGUUUACAAAACAAAUGUGUUGUUGAGUCCUUGCAACAAUGAGAUUUAGUUGAUCUGUUUACUUUGAGUGUUUGAUAUUUUAAUUCAAAUUCAAAUUUAAGUUAAUAUUUUAGUGCUUGUUUCUAACAGUAUAUUUUUAUAAUUUAUCAUUGUGAUGUAUUUUUUUCCUCUAAAGACUAAAAGUUUAUAUUUUAGCUAAUUUUUUUCUUUUCAAGUGGUGAUAGUUUUUUUGUGAAUAUCUAAUUUUCUUUUUCAAUCAAGUGGUGUUGAUAUAUCGGAUAACUUUCACCGUUAGUAAAAUGAGAACUAUUAUCAUGCUUCAGUGGAUAACCACGUAUAUCGUAGUACUUUAUCAAUCGAUAGAUGAAGUUACUGGGUUAUCAUCUGGGGCUCCGCCUUCUACCUGCAAUGACCUUACGCCGAGACAUAAAGACACUCAUAGUGCAACCUCAUAUCUACCAUAUGAAAUUCGACCUGCUAUAGAGGAACGUAGUGUGAAAAUAACAUUAGGAAGUUCUCAAGGUCUUCCGUUUAAAGGAUUUAUAAUCAACGCCCGAGAUAUUGCAACUCAUCAGAUAAUUGGAAAGUUCGAAAAUAUUACUGAGGGUAUACAGCCUAUCAAGUGUGAAGCUGAUGUCGAUAAUACUGCUACUCACACUGACAAUCAAGUAAAACAUAAUCUAUUGUUGCAAUGGGUACCUCCAUCAGAUUACGAAGGAACCAUAAUUUUCAAUUCAACGAUUGUUCAAGAUUACGCAACUUAUUGGAUUGGCGUUGAAUCUCCACCCAUUACUGUACUGAAGGAAAACAUAGAGCUAUCAGAGCCAUCAAUACCAUUAUCUUCGACUCAAAGAACCACUACUGAACCAUAUUAUGAACCUAUGACAGAAAGCCCGGUAAAAAGUGAUCAACAUCAUCCAAUCUAUGAUGGAUGUGGUACUAUAAAAAGUUGUUUUGGUAAUAAUGACAAAUGCGUCGAUGAUAAAUCUUGUACAGCAAUUGUUGGAGUUAAAGUAAAAGGAGAAAAAUAUAUUUUCGAAUUAUUGGGCAAAGGUGGUAGUUAUAUUGCGGUCGGAUUAUCGAACGACAAUAAAAUGGGUGAUGACAGUGUAGUUGAAUGCAUCAAGGAGAAUGAUACUGUAAGUUUGCACAUGUCUUGGAAUUAUGGUAGAGACAAUAUGAGAAAUUCAACUCCAGAUGGAAUAGUAUCAUUAGAGAAGACUUCAGUAGAGAAUGGAUUGCUCUAUUGCAGAUUUGUUAGAAAUGGGAAAACUGUCAUUCAAGAUGAAAUAUUUGAUCUUAUUGAAAAAAACUAUUAUCUUCUUUUGGCUGCAGGAAGUAAAUUAAAACAUACUAGCGAAGUGGGAUUUCACGAUAUCAUAUACGUAGCAUCUGACACACCAAAAAAGUUAGCUGAUAUCGGUAAAAUUAUGGCAGCUAGCGAUGCGUAUAUUCGCAUUCAUGGUGCACUUAUGAUUUUUUCAUGGAUUGGACUAGCAUCUAUUGGAAUGCCUCUUGCACGAUAUUACAAACAAACUUGGGUGAAAUCCCAACUUUGUGGCAAGGAUCAAUGGUUUGCAUGGCACAGGUUUGGUAUGAUAUUAACAUGGACCAUGACACUCAUAGCAUUCAUUCUCAUUUUCGUAAAAACUGGUGGCUGGAGUCGAGAAACACUUCAUGCAUCAGUAGGUCUUGCUACUACUAUAUUAGUAUUUAUUCAACCGUUUAUGGCAGCUUUGAGACCUCAUCCUAACACUCCAAGAAGACCUUUGUUCAACUGGACGCAUUGGCUUAUUGGUAAUUUAGCUCAUUUGUUUGCGGUGGCAUCUCUUUUUUUCUCUGUUCGAUUGACCAAAGCAAAAAUACCAAGAUGGGUGGAUUGGAUUUUGAUAGCAUACGUUAUUCUUUAUGCUAUCAAUCACAUUUUAUUAUCGAUUGCAGGUUUAGUUGUAGCAAAGAAGAAAGUUGAAAGUAUUAAUACCUUUCCAAUGAAAGAUUUACGAAUGAGAUCUGUUAUUGCUUCGAGCAUUAAAAAAGAUGCUCCUUUAGCGGGAUUCAGAAAAAUUAUACUAAGUAUUUAUGUUUUUGGAAUCGCACUAUUUGUAAUUAUACUAUUAGUAAUUACCGUCUUGGCUCCAAUUGAAGAUUCCUGGAACGAAUUUAUUGCCACUAUAUCUAAGUACUAAAAACUUCAUCGAAUAAUAAUGAUGAAAUAAACAUAUGCAUUUUUGUAACAUAUUGUAAUUACGUAAUAUGAGGUUAUCAGUAUAUUUAAUUAGGAACAGUAUUUUUUGAAACAAGUUUGUAGAAUAAGCAGAAUUAUACGUACACCUAUUCGGCUUGAAUUAAAACAUUGUAUUGUCCUUUUGUAAGAAAGAAAUGAGUUGUCAUUUGAAUAAGCAAUAAAUUUUUACUUACUGAGUUAUA